AAGAGCUGGGUAGGAAGGGACGUGAAUGCUGGGAUAAUUGGAUUUUGAGGACAGAACUGCUUUGCUUUGUGCCUGGAGGUGCUUUCCUGCACCUCCUCCCCACCUGGAUUCCUCAGCCACACUCCUGGGGAUAUAAGGACCUUGGAAGGAAGUGAUCUGGGCUCUAAUGUGCUCACUCCAUCCCUGCCUGUCCUGGAUACUCAGCACCAUUUUUGUUUGGCUCCUUUCAAAUCCAGUCUCGGAGCAGCAGAAUCAUCUGUUUUGUGGGGAAUGCCUGCAGCCCUGCCUGCAGGUGCCAUCCCCGCUGUGCCCACUCUGCCGCGUGCCCUUUGAUCCCAAAAAGGUGGAGAAGGCUUCCAGCGUGGAGAAGCAGCUCUCAUCCUACAAGGCUCCCUGCAGAGGCUGCAGCAAGAAGGUGACCCUGGCCAAAAUGCGCUCUCACGUCUCAUCCUGUGCCAAGGUGCAGGAGCAGAUGGCCAACUGCCCCAAGUUUGUUCCAGUUGUCCCCACAUCCCAGCCUAUUCCCAGCAACAUUCCCAACCGCUCGACGUUUGUGUGUCCGUACUGCGGGGCCCGGAACUUGGACCAGCAAGAACUGGUGAAGCACUGCAUGGAAAACCACAGAAAUGACCCCAACAAAGUGGUGUGCCCGGUGUGCUCAGCCAUGCCCUGGGGAGAUCCCAGCUACAAGAGUGCCAACUUCCUCCAGCACCUCCUCCACAGGCACAAGUUCUCCUACGACACCUUCGUGGAUUACAACAUCGACGAGGAGGCAGCGUUGCAGGCAGCCCUGGCUCUGUCCCUCUCUGAGAACUGAGGGGGAUCCCCCUCCCCGCCCCGGCUCCUUUUGCACACUUGGCCUUCCGGGAGACAUGGAUCCCAUGGGCAUCCCCGGAGCCCCACUGCUGCCUCUCUUCCCUCUGCUCUGGGGGCAAAUCCCACCUUGUUUCAGAAGGUGGAGUCUCCUCAUUGUCGUGGUGAUGAAGCAGAGACAUCUGGAGAGAGGAGCCGGCACUGAAGGGCUGGGAUCAAUCCUGGUUUAGGCAUUUCAUAUCCGUACUCGGAGCAUAUCCUUGUGUCCAAUCUAUUUAUUAUUAGAUGCUUUUUGGCACACUUGUCCUUGCUCUUUGUUGCAAUCAAAUAGGUACCUAAAACUGAUAUAUUUGAUGCAAAACACCCUGAUUUGGGACUGGUAUCAUCCCCAUCCUUUUAAAAAGGAGGAAAACAGCACGGAGCAUCUUUUUGUAAACACUCCAAGGAUUUUUCUAGAGAUGUCGGGCUGUCCUCACCCCUGUGCUGGAGGCAGGAGCUGCUUCCUUCACCUGAAUCCCGGGAUGAGACUUGCCUUCACAUUCCCCAUGAGGACAGCAGGUUUGGAGAAGUCCUCGGGGAUGGCAUCCAGCAUCCAGGGAAACUCUGUCCUCAUUUUAUACCGGAUCUUGGGAUACUAAAUCCUUGCGUUUUUCUACACGAACCGGCGUGAAGCCUUUUCCACAUUUUCUAGAGUGGGAUCAGAAGCUGUUCCUCUUCACACUGCAAUAUCUGUCACCCAGGACAAGAGUAUUUUUAUGGAACAUUAUUAAGAAAGUUUAUUUUUAAACAGGAAAAAACCCAAACAAAUGAACAUGUGGAUUUGGAAUGGGGCGGGAGGCAGGGACUGCAUCCCGGAGCGGCGGGUUGGACUCUCUGGGGUGGUGGGAAGUGCACAGGGGUCCUUUGUGGGUCUUCCUGGGCCAUUCCUGAGUCAUUCUGGGCCAUUCCCGGGUCUUUCUACGCUGUUCCCAGCUCUUUCUGGACCGUUCCCUUCCCUACUCAGAACUCCUCUACCUGUGAGGGAGCAGGCAGGAUCCUUGUGCCACACUGGCAAGGAGCAGCUGGAUUGUGUCCAGAUGAUGGGUGUGCAUGGGAUGUCUGUCCAUGCAGGAUCCCAGCUGGAACACUGAGCUGCUUAUCCCCAGAGAAGUAGGGGAUUGCAUCUCCCUUUCCCAGUCUUUCCCUGGGAAGAGGGCACUGUUGAUCCGAGAUGCUACGUAGCAUCCUGGUGACCCUUGGUCCCCUUCCUCUCUGCCCUCUCUGGAGUUGGCUCUGGAGGGCUAGGAGAGGAUGGGAGGGAGAUGGCACCAGUGAUGGGGUGAGCCCAAGGUCCCAGUGAUGGAGCUGAGGGAGGGGGUGGUGCCCAAGAUCCCCUGUGCUGCCUUCCAGCAGGAUUUGCAGGGAAAAGGGGUAGGAGAGGACCCCUCUGCAUCUCCCUGCUCGGAGAACUCCCAAGGCUUAUUCAAGACCUGGCUCCAGCUCUACUCUAGCAAUACCUGCUUGUUUUUUAUUUUGAUUUUAGUAGUACUGGAUGUUUUUGGCAUCUGCAGCCCCAGGAGGAAGGUGCAGACACCCUCCACUCCCCUUGCAGGGCAUGGAAAGGGCUGGAGCUGCCCAGCUCUGCUCCCUGGAGCCAGGCCAGCAAGGAGGAAUAGGAUCUUCUCUUACCUGACCAGCAUUGCUGGCACCUGCCCAGCUUGGAGGAUGUUCCUGGUGGGCUGGAGAGCAUUGGCAUCUUCCCAAAGGGACUCGGGAGGGUUUACUUGUCCUGUUCUGAGCUGGGACCCUCAGUUCCUGGAGCAGCCUCCAUCCGAGCUCCUUGCUUUUGGGACAGGACUGUUAACCUCAGUCUCUUUCCUUCCUUCCUCUUCUUCCCUACUCUUUUUGUCCCACAGAGCCAGAGCAGGGGCAGCAACAGCUGCUUUUGUAAAGCACUUUAAGGCCCCAGGUGUGAGGGGUCAGAUCUGGCCGUGCAGGUCUGUGCCAGGGAUCCCUCCAUGCCAGGGAUCCUGCUGUGCCAGGGAUCCCACCGUGCCCAUCAGUGUGUCACUCACCACUUUUUUGCAUAAUUAGAACUUUUAAUGAGCCGUCCUGUUUUUGGAAAAAAAAUUAACUCGAUGACGUAUUUGUAGCAAACCAUUUUUCUCAAUAAAGGCAGUUUCAUCCAUGGG